CUUAUUCAGGACCAGCCCAUAUUCCUGCUGACCCCGGCGGCCCAGGCUGUGUCUGGCUUCUUCGUCUGGACCGCGCUCCUCCUCACUUGUCACCAGAUAUACAUGCACCUGCGUUUCUAUAGCUCACCUCGGGAGCAACGCCACAUUGUUCGGAUCCUCUUCAUCGUUCCCAUCUACGCCAUCGACUCUUGGCUCAGCCUCCUCUUCUUCACCAAUGACCAGUACUACGUGUACUUCGAUACUAUCAGGGACUGCUACGAGGCGUUUGUGAUCUACAACUUCCUAAGUUUAUGUUACGAAUACCUUGGAGGAGAGAGCGCCAUCAUGGCAGAGAUACGAGGGAAACCCAUCGAAUCCAGCUGCAUGUUCGGCACCUGCUGCUUAAAGGGAAAGGCGUACUCCAUCGGUUUCCUGCGCUUCUGCAAGCAGGCCACGCUGCAGUUUUGCGUGGUCAAGCCGCUCAUGGCCGCCGUGACUGUGAUCCUGCAGGUGUAUGGCAAAUACAAAGAUGGAGACUUCAACGUUGCCAGCGGUUACCUUUACAUCACCAUCAUCUACAACAUCUCCGUGAGCUUGUCUCUCUACGCCCUCUUCUUAUUUUACUUCGCCACCCGCAGCCUGCUCAGCCCUUACAGACCCGUGCUCAAGUUCUUCAUGGUCAAGUCUGUUAUCUUCCUCUCCUUUUGGCAAGGCAUGUUGCUGGCCAUCAUGGAGAAGUGCGGCUUCAUCCCCCAGAUUAACUCCAUGGAGGUGUCUGUCGGCGAAGGGACCGUCGCCGCCGGUUACCAGAACUUUAUCAUUUGCAUCGAGAUGUUUUUCGCAGCGCUGGGAUUGCGUCUGGCUUUUACGUACACAGUCUACAUGGACAAAAGUUUAAGAACGCUAGGCCACCCCGCCCCGAUGAAGAGCAUCUCUAGCAGCCUGAAAGAGACCAUGAACCCUGGCGACAUGGUCCAGGACGCCAUCCACAACUUCUCCCCGGCUUACCAGCACUACACCCAGCAGUCCACGUUAGAGCAGGGCGUGCCGCCGCCCGCUUCGCGCUCCUUCAGCGUCGUCGGCCAGGACGCUGAGAAGACACUCCUUUUGAGCUCUGAUGAAGAUUUUUAG